GGUGGGGGGGGGGUGACGAGAUGGCACGCCGAACGUGGCCAACAAAGCGGAUUACUGUGGGACUGCACAAACGCAGCCCCAUCCGAGGAGUUUUGCCAGGAACGCCGCCGCCUGCAUUGCGUCGGACGACCAUCUGAAACGUGAAAUUCCCGGGGAAGGUCACGGCGGAGGACCUGGCGUGUGCGGGGGGGGGGGGGGGGGGGGGGUCUGUAAGCCACAGGGAAGAAGAAAUGGUGGUCUGCUUCUCUGGCAGAAGAAAAAAGCCGUGCUGGCAAGAGUGGGAACUGAACGCAACCCCCCUCUGUGGAACCACCCCCUCACAUUUUCCAUCUACCUCCUUGCUCCUGCCCUCCCCCGCCCUCCCCAACCUACGCCCGGGAGGGCCAAUCGCAGCUCCGCAUUCCGGGCGCUUUCUCAGGUUUCUGCUGAUCUUGCAGCGCCCAGAAAUGGACCGGGCGGACCGGCCGCCGCUCGCAUCCUGCCCCGCUCGGCGCUCCUGACGGCUCCCGGCGCGCCGAGGAGCCCUGGCGAGGUGCACUCGGGCCUGCGGGAGGUGGAGGGCACCUGAGAGCCAUGUAGACCUCCGCUUUUGCUCGCCCUCCUCCUCCUCUGGGAUCGAACUAAGGACUCCCAAAGUGCUCGGAGGGGGCGAGAGCGCCACGGAUCGUCAUUUGCUUCCGAGCUUCGGGAGAGGGUGGCAGUUUGCUUCUUUUCCGCCUCGCCUCCCCCGGAACUCCCUGCGCCCGAGAGGAAAGGACGGCGGCGUCUCCAGGUGGCUGACAGCCGGUGAGAAUGGGCACGGGGAACGGACAUUUCCCCGCAGUGGCUCCGAAGAGCGGCUGUCCAGCGGAAGGGGCAUAGGACGGGGGAGCGAGGGCGGCGCAUUGGCUCCGGCGCCUCUCGGAUGCUGCGGCGGCGGCAGCGGCCGCGGCUCCCUCCCGCCCGGGCUCUGCCAGAGCGACCUGCCGCAGCUCCGCUCCGGCUCUCCGUGGACUCAGCACCGCCCCUGCGCCACGCCGGCCGGCCAGCGUCCAUCGAUCGCCCCGCUGAGAGCUUAGAAGGCGGCGGGCGAAGAGGGGCGGGAGGGUGGAGAGCCGAGGAGAAGCUGAGGGGGUGUCAGGAGAGGGGAUCUGCCUGCCGAGCUGGCUCUGCACCGGCCCUAGGAGGGCUGAGGAGGGGAGGGGGGGCCUGGGUGACCCCCGAAGCGAUGGCCCUGCCCUCUAGGACAGCACUGCGUUAAGGCACCUCGGAACUGGACUAAACACCAACCCUCCCCCAUUCCAAAUCUCUGCAAAAAAAAAAAAAAAAAAAAAAGGCUGCGCUCUGGCUGCGGGCGGCGAGGGGGUUCCAAACUCAGCCCCAGGCAGAGUGAAGGGAGAGGGAACCAGAAGCAAAGCCGCAGAUCUCUGCAUCUGCUCUCUUUGAAGCCCGCCCCACCCCCUGAGAGCAGGGGAGACAAGGAGCACUCCGGUGGGGGGGCCGCUGGGGUCCCCCCCACCCCUCCCCUCUCCGUCCUUCCCGCUGCCGCCGGCCUCCUCCUCCCGGCCCCUCACCCCCGCACGUGGCCUCCACCAUGACGGUGAUGUCCGGGGAGAACCCGGACGAGGCGUCGGCCACCCCGGGCCACCCCCAGGAUGGCAGCUACCGGCGGCUGGCCGAACACGAGGACCACGAGUGCUGCGAGCGCGUGGUGAUCAACAUCUCAGGGCUGCGCUUCGAGACGCAGCUCAAGACCCUGGCGCAGUUUCCCAACACGCUGCUGGGGAACCCCAAGAAGCGCAUGCGCUACUUUGACCCCCUGCGGAAUGAGUACUUUUUCGACCGCAACCGGCCCAGCUUCGAUGCCAUCCUCUACUACUACCAGUCCGGGGGCCGGCUGCGGAGGCCAGUCAACGUGCCCCUGGACAUGUUCUCCGAGGAGAUCAAGUUCUACGAGCUGGGCGAGGAGGCCAUGGAGAAGUUCCGGGAGGACGAGGGCUUCAUCAAGGAGGAGGAGCGGCCCCUGCCCGAGAAGGAGUACCAGCGCCAGGUGUGGCUGCUCUUCGAGUACCCCGAGAGCUCGGGGGCCGCCCGGGUCAUCGCCAUCGUCUCGGUCAUGGUCAUCCUCAUCUCCAUCGUCAUCUUCUGCCUGGAGACGCUGCCGGAGCUGAAAGGCGACAACAAGGACUUCGCGGGCACCGUCCACCGCAUCGACAACACCACGAUGAUCUACACCUCCAACUUCCUCACGGACCCCUUCUUCAUCGUGGAGACGCUGUGCAUCAUCUGGUUCUCCUUCGAGCUGGUGGUGCGCUUCUUCGCCUGCCCCAGCAAGGCGGACUUCUUCAAGAACAUCAUGAACUUCAUCGACAUCGUGGCCAUCAUCCCCUACUUCAUCACCCUGGGCACCGAGAUAGCUGAGCAGGAGGGCACCCAGAAGGGCGAGCAGGCCACCUCGCUGGCCAUCCUCAGGGUCAUCCGCUUGGUAAGGGUUUUUAGAAUCUUCAAACUCUCCCGCCACUCCAAGGGCCUCCAGAUCCUGGGCCAGACCCUCAAGGCUAGCAUGCGAGAGCUAGGGCUGCUCAUCUUUUUCCUCUUCAUUGGGGUCAUACUGUUCUCUAGCGCAGUGUACUUUGCCGAGGCGGAAGAAGAUGAGUCGCACUUCUCCAGCAUCCCCGAUGCUUUCUGGUGGGCGGUGGUGUCCAUGACCACUGUAGGAUAUGGUGACAUGUACCCUGUGACAAUUGGAGGCAAGAUCGUGGGCUCCUUGUGUGCCAUCGCUGGUGUGCUGACAAUUGCCCUGCCCGUACCUGUCAUUGUGUCCAAUUUCAACUAUUUCUACCACCGAGAAACUGAGGGGGAAGAGCAGGCUCAGUUGCUCCACGUUAGCUCCCCUAAUUUAGCUUCUGACAGUGACCUCAGUCGGCGCAGUUCCUCUACUCUCAGCAAAUCUGAGUACAUGGAGAUCGAAGAGGAUAUGAAUAAUAGCAUAGCCCAUUAUAGACAGGCCAAUAUCAGAACUGGCAACUGCACCACAGCCAACCAAAACUGCGUUAAUAAGAACAAGCUACUGACCGACGUUUAAAAAGCCAAGAAAACAAAAAAAAGCCCCCCCCCCCCCCCCCAGCAGCUUGAAAGACUUAAAAACAAAACAAAAACCCUGGCGACCCAUGUCACUCUUUGUCGCUACUUUAUUAGUCUUUGAAAGCUCUGUUUAACUGUCAAUGCAUUACUGCAUAGUGGAUUUUGGGGAUGGCCAACCAGAAGCUUUCAAGAUCCAUUAAAAACAAACAAAACAAAACAAUUUUCAUUUUACUAAAAAUGGGAAAAGAAAGUGUAUUUUAUAAAACUGGUUAAAAAAAAUUCAGUCCAUAAGCUAAUCUAGGUAAAAUAAGAUUCAUAUGCUUCCCCAUACCAAAACAUUUGCAAUCUUUGGGCUUCUUUAACUUUUUUUCUUUUAACUAAAAACCAGGUGAUCACUUAGAAAUAUAAAAUUCAAAGUUGCAUGGGACUCCAAUAAAAAAAAAUCUUUGCAAACUGCACAGAACAUUUAAGACAGUGCAUCUGAUGAUACAUAAUAUGACAUACCAGCCAAAAUGGGUAACGAACAAAUGUUAUUUUGAUCCACUGAACUGCAUAUUAUAAGGUGGAAAAAAAGAAAACAGAAUUACUUUAGACUGGUUCACAAAGCACCUUAUGGACUUGAUGCUGAUCCUGGUCUUUAGGGGUUCUCCCCCUUUGUCCCCUUCUCCCUCUGAUCAAACUGUUCUCUAAGAAAAAGAUAAAAAUUAAUUAUUCAUCUGCAGUGCUGCUAAGUUUUUCAACUGCAGGUGAGCCCAACACAGGUCUUGCCUCACUGGUCCUAUACCCUGAGCCCUGGCCUCCAGAACUGGAUGUAAAACCUUAGCCUCCUCAUUGCAAGAGAGCACAAAUGGAGUUAAAUGUAAGCAUGUUUGAUUCUGAUAUUUAUUUUACAACCGCAUGCCGAGAACGUUAACUCAGACAAUAGGGGAUAAGCUUACGUUUGAAUCGACUCUUCUAAAAAUAGGUCCUUUUUCAUUUGCAUUCACCAAAAGUGCACUCUUUUAUUUAUUAACUAUUUUAUUAGCAAAUAAAGUACUGUAUUUAAGUGCAUAUGUUAAAGUCAGAUGGGAACAGUAACUUUUUGGAGCUCAAAGCAUGUUCUCUUAUUCAGCAUUAUGGCCUAUUUGAUUAAGUAAGGUGUACCUUGAAUUAAUUAAUGCAUGAUUUCAGUAAAAA